GAGCGAAGGACAAAGCAGGAAUGCUGAAACUUUAGAUUCCUUAAACUGUACUGGAAUCUUAUUCUAUGUUUAAUAUGUCUUUUACACAGGAGACAUGGAGUAUUCAGCAGCUCCUCCUGGCAUUUCUGGUCUGUGUUGUUGCUAUUAAGUACAUAAAGAUGAAAUGGGCAGCGAGGAGCCUUCCCCCUGGGCCUAAUCCUCUGCCCCUCAUAGGAAACCUAUGGGCCCUGCGGUUCAAACUGCAUCCAGAGACACUCCGAAAAAUGGCUAAAUCAUAUGGGGAUAUCUACACUUUAUGGCUGGGCCACACCCCUCUUGUAGUGCUGAGCGGGUGCAAAUCUGUAAGGAAUGGCCUCAUCUCCCACUCUGAGGAGCUCUCAGGACGCCCAGUUGACAGCUUUUUACAGGCUCUCACAAAUGAAAGAGGUAUUGUAUCUACUAAUGGCCACACCUGGAAACAGCAAAGGCGAUUUGGAAUGAUGACUUUAAGGAACCUGGGACUUGGGAAACGUGGACUGGAAUCCAGGAUCCAAGAAGAGGCUCAGUGUCUGGUGAAGUCCUUAGCAGCCAAAAACGGAGAGCCAGUUAACCCUUCGGAUCUCAUUGUCCAUGCAGUGGCAAAUGUAAUUUCUGCUGUGGUAUUUGGGCACCGUUUCUCUAUAGAAGAUCCCACAUUCCAGGAAAUGGUUCGGUGCAACAACUGUUUGGUUACAAACAUGGGCACAGCCUGGGGAAGGAUGUAUGAUGCUUUUCCUUGGCUGAUGCAAUAUGUACCAGGUCCACAUCAUAGCUGCUUUGCUGCUAUGGAUUAUCUGGCAUCAUUUAUAAAGAAGGAAGUAAAGUUGCAUGAAUUAAACGACUCAAACGAGGAACCUCAAGAUAUUAUUGAUUACUACCUGGCACAGAUUGCCAAAACCAAACACGAGCCAGACAGCACAUUUGAUGAAGCCAACAUGAUAAAUGUGGUGACUGAUCUGUUUGUAGCUGGCACAGAGACUACAGCCAUUACUCUUCAGUGGGCUUUGCUAUACAUGGUGGCUUUCCCUGAAAUACAAAAGAAGGUACAAGAAGAGUUGGAUUCAGUUCUUGAUGGUUCUCAGCUGGCUUAUUAUGAAGACAAGAAAAUACUUCCAUUCACCAAUGCAGUCAUCCAUGAGGUUCAGCGUUAUGGGAACAUUGCAUCUGUGGGAAUUCCCAGAAGUUGUAUAAGGAAAGCUACAGUCAAUGGAUAUCAGUUGGAGAAGAAUACAAUGGUUUUGCCAAACCUGGACUCUGUACUGCAUGAUCAGCACCAGUGGGAGACCCCUUACAAGUUCAACCCUAACCACUUUUUGGACAAAAAUGGAAACUUUCGUAUGAAUGAGGCAUUUCUGCCAUUCUCUGCAGGACACAGGGUAUGUUUGGGAGAACAACUGGCCCGCUUUGAGCUGUUCAUAUUCUUCACCACUCUUCUUCGCAGAUUCAACAUUGAACUGCCAAAAGGUGUAACAGAAGUCAACACAAAAUAUGUUUUUAAGAUGACACUGCAGCCUCAUCCCUAUGAAAUCUGUGCUAUCCCCCGUUAACCUGCAUCAUAUAAUUUACUUGUGUUCUUGUUCUGUGAGAGAUGUACAGUUUAUUCUUGCCUUAAUUAGUAUGGCUAGGAACAGAAUUAAUCUGUACAUCUGUGAUACAUCUAAGCGAUCUCGGCAUCUCUGCAUUGGCGUUUAUUCUAUAGUCCUAAUAAACACCACAAAACUAGAUCAUUUGAGAUGCCGACGUGUACAUUAUUUUGGUAAGCCAUAUAAUUACAUGCAUGAAUAUACAUACAUUUAGAUACUGAUGGACUGUAUCCACAAAGAACAGCCCAUGUUUUAUAUGUAGUUAUAUCUAUUUUUUUAAUAACAUGACUAGAUUUGAUUAAA